AUGGGUGUCAGUGGAUCUCAAGAGAACAACGAAAAAAAGCCAGUUGUACUUAUCGUUGGCGGUGGUUAUGCAGGUACUCAAUGUGCUAAAUUAUUAGAUAAAAGUGGUCGAUUUUUUGUCGUGCUGAUUGAUCGAAAAUCUUAUUUUCUUCACAAUGUUGCAGCAUUACGUGCUACAGUAGAACGAGAUUUUGCUCAAAAAAUUAUUAUUCCCUAUGAUCGAUUGCUUACUAAUGGUUGUGUUGUACAAGCUGAAGUAAUAUCAAUUUCAAGUGAUAGUGUUCAAGUUUAUGGACGGAAUGAACCAAUUAGUUUCGAUUAUUUAGUUAUAGCUACUGGUUCCUCAUAUGCUUUUCCUGGUAAAAUAGCUGAAGUUGAAAUUACACAAGCUGUAAAUCUUUAUAAUAAUAUUCAAGAAAAAGUUAAACAAUCUCAACAAAUAUUAGUUAUUGGUGGUGGUCCAGUUGGAGUUGAAUUAGCUGGUGAAAUAGCGACUGAUUUUCCUGAAAAAGAGAUUACUAUUGUACAUAGUCAACCAACAUUAUUACAACCUAAAAUAUUUAACGGAAAAGUUUAUACCAAUUUACAAGAGCAACUUGAAAAACUUAAUGUUAAAAUAAUAUUAAAUGAUCGAAUUCAAUUAUCAAAUAAUCAACAUAUAAAUUAUAUAGAAGGAAAAGAAACAUAUCUAACAGAAAAUACUAAAACAAGUAUUACAGCUGAUUUAACAUUUUUAUGUACCGGUGCACAUGUUAAUAAUAGAAGUUUAUUAAAUAGUUCUUUAAAAUCAAAAGUAAAUCCUCAAACAGGUCGAAUUAUUGUUAAUAAUUAUUUACAAGUGGAUGAUUAUGAAAAUAUUUUUGCUAUUGGUGAUAUAAGUGAUAAAGAAGACAAAUUUGCAUUUUUAGCUGACGCACAAGCAGAAUAUGUUGCUAAAAUAAUUCCAUUGAUUGAAAAGAAAAAAUCUUAUCCAAAAGAAUAUCACACUCAUGUAAAUCGAGCUAUUUUGCUAUCCGUUGGUCGAAAUGGAGGUGUUGGACAAUUACCAACAAAGAGUGGAAUUGCUGUUGGUAGUUGCAUUGUGAAACAUUUUAAAUCAAAAGAUAUGUUUGCAUCACGUUAUCGAUCAGCAAUGAAUUAUAAUAAUUCCGAAAAUCAAUCAGAAAAUAAACCAGCCUAUUUAAAUAAACUUGAUUCAGUUCAAUCGAUCUUAUCUUUUAGUGAAGAAGAUGCUCGAAAUUUACUUGCAGGUCUACCAGCUAAAGAACUUGAACCUGGUCAAGAUUUUAUUUAA